CGCACGCGACCCUCUCGUACAACUUACGAAAGUUACGGACGCGAUUCAUAAAAUAAAAUGCCUUCCUGGUGGGACUACCUGCAGUUCAAUAGGCAGUACAACAACAAGAGAAACUUAGAGGAAGGCUUAUUUCAGAUCGCUUCGCAGACUUGCAAUAUUUUAGUGAAAGUCAACAAUACGAACAAUAUUAAUUUGACCAGGAAUUCUAGUAGAAGUGACGAAUAUGGGUGUGCUGGUCCACCUAAAGGGAAGAGUUCGAUGCAGAUCUGCGUUCCUAAGUUCAGAAAAAAUUCAAUAACUUCCGGCUGCAAUCCUGGACUAUCGACCGUCUUAGAGUCAGGGAGUGUGGGGAACGCAUCAUCCUCUGAUGAAGAGCUGGAACAGUGGGAACAAAUAUUCAUGAUGAGAGAUGAAAAUGGAAACAGCUAUAAUGACAAGAGGAGAAAACGGAGUAUAUGGUGCAGACCAUCCUGCAUACCCGUCUCAAUAGUUAUUAUUUUAAUAGUUUUGGUUGUCCUCGUUCCCUUGUUGGACCAACAGAACGCCAUGCAUUUGAACACCGCAAAUGCACCGGUUAGUUUGCAUUGCUCAGAUGAGUGUAGGUUAUCGUUAGUCGAAAGCAUACCGGAGGGUCACAUGUACCCGCCUAACUCGACGCAUCUCCCCACGAAGAACGUGUGGUUAGAUUUAAUAGAUGAAGCUCAAAGUAAAAUAGAGAUAGCGUCUUUUUAUUGGACCCUUAGGUUUAACGAAGAGUAUCCUUAUAAUUCCUCUAUAGAGGGUGAACAAGUUUUCCAAGCGCUUUAUGCGGCCGGCGCGAAAAGAAACAUCAAGUUGAAGAUAGCUCAAAACUGGCCAACGAAAUCUAUGCCGAACAUAGAUACGGAAUAUUUAGUUAAGAAGAAGGCGGCUCAGGUUCGUAGUUUAAACUUCUCGAAGUUGCUUGGAAGCGGCGUCCUGCACACCAAGUUUUGGAUAGUGGACCGGACUCAUUUCUACAUCGGCAGUGCCAAUAUGGACUGGAGAUCGCUCACACAGGUCAAGGAGCUGGGUGUGGUCGCUUUCAACUGUUCGUGCUUGGCGACAGACCUGGGGAAGAUAUUCGAUGUGUACUGGAUGCUGGGCGAACCGAACGCAGUUAUCCCGGACACGUGGCCCUCAGAGUUGAACACCGACAUCAAUAUGAAGUACCCGAUCAACAUAUCCGAUUCGGUGCACAAUUACGGAGCCUAUAUCACCAGCUCCCCGCCCCCGUUCAGUCCGCUCGGUCGAACGGACGACAGCGACGCCAUCGUGUCUAUAAUACAAACGGCCGAACAGUUUGUCUACAUAUCAGUUAUGGAUUACAUACCGGCAACAAUAUACACGCCCAAACUAUUAUUCUGGCCGAAGAUCGACGACGCUAUCCGCAGAGCGGCACUCGAGAAUCGCGUAAAAGUUCGCAUGCUGAUUAGCUGGUGGAAGCACUCCUCGCCUGCGGAGGACCACUUCCUGCGCUCGCUGACGGCCUUGUCGCAGGCCUACCCGCGUCUCAAUUUACAAAUCAAACGUUUCGUGGUCCCGUCCACGCCCGAUCAGGACAAGAUACCGUACGCCCGCGUCAACCACAACAAGUACAUGGUCACCGAUACGUCCGCGUACAUCGGCACCUCCAACUGGGCCGGGGACUACUUCACGAACACGGCCGGCGUGGCCUUGGUGGUAACCGCCGACCGCGGCGACGGAGCCGGCAACCGCACCGCGCAGGACGUGCGUAAGGACCUCCAGGGGGUGUUCGAACGAGACUGGAACUCGCCAUACGCGGUACCCCUGAGGCGGUUAUAGCACGAGCCGGCUUAGUUCACAAUGCGCGAAUCAGCUUAUACAGCAAAUUGGGGGGAAUCGCGUCCCUUUCCAAAUCCAACACAAAUUUUCAAUGGUUUUUCUUAAGGUAAGGCAGCGGCUUGGCUCUGCCCCUGGCAUUGCUGAAGUCCAUGGG